AUGUGUGGCAUUCUUGUUCAUUACAGUGAAGUUGAAGCCGAUUCAGAUCGGUUUGUCGAAUUUCCGGAGCGCUGUGAGCCUCCCGAAGUACAGAAGCACUGCGAUGGGGCAUCGCAAGAGUUCCUGCGUUUAGUGCCAUAUAUUAUGGCAAGAGGCCCUGAUUACGCUUCCUACAGACUUGAAGCUGGCAUGGGACUCGCCUGGUUUUCAUCUGUGCUUUCACUAAGACAGCCUCUCACGCCUCAGAGCAUGGCGGUUGGGGACCGCUACAUACUGCAGUUCAACGGCGAGCUGUUUAACGAAGAUAUUCAGCACAACGACACACAAUAUAUUGCGGACCUGCUGGCAUCCUGGCCGGUGACUGCUGUUAUCCGGCAGAUGUACGGGGAGUUUGCAUAUACUAUAUUUGACCGGCAGGAUGGGCUUCUCUACUUCGGACGCGACAACGUAGGGAAGCGCAGUCUGUGUUAUCGGCUGGACGGCAGAGAGUUACAUGUGGCCAGCGUUAGCGGUAAGAGUCAGGGGUUUCUGAACUGCGAUGCUGGAGUCAUAUAUACCUUUGACGUACACCAAAAGACACUGCGCAUGGAAGAGCGCAUUUGCGCCUCUCCCUUCACAGUCAGUGCCCACUGCGAGAGCGCGGGCCUGGAGGGCGAUCUAGACACCCUCUACGAGAUACUACAGCGCUCUACGCGACAGAGUCUGGAAUCUAUUCAACCUCUGCAUAGUGAAAACGCCAAGCAUGCGAGUGUCCUGUUCUCCGGCGGCGUCGACUGCUCUGUGGUUGCCGCUCUUAUUUGUGAGCAAUGGAGCAGUCACAAAGAUGCCGUGCUGGAGCUGCUGAACGUAGCCUUUGAGAACCCGCGGACAGGUAAGAUGCCAGAGGACGCGCCAGACAGAAAACUGGCGAUUGAGUCUGCAGCCCAGCUACAAAAGCUGUUCCCUGAGAUGGAUAUUCGCCUGGUCGAGGUGGACGUACCGUACAACGAGUACUUGGAAGUGCGCCCAUCUGUGGUGGAUCUGAUAUACCCAAAGCAGACCGAAAUGGAUUUAUCAAUUGCCAUUGCCUUUUACUUCGCCGCCCGGGGGCGGGGGUUCAUACAUCGCGACAGGCACCGCGAACCAUACAACAGACGCGGCCUGGUGCUGUUCAGCGGCCUGGGUGCGGACGAGCUCUACGGCGGCUACCACAAAUUCGCCAACAAGUCGACGGAGGAAUUGGUGGUGGAACUGACACGCCAGAUUAACAACAUUCACGAUAGAAACUUGAAUCGCGAUGACAAAGUCCUCGCCUGCCACGGUGUGGAGGCUCGUUAUCCGUUCCUGGACGAGAAAGUCAUCAAGGCGUCCGUGGCUCUCCCCAUAUCGUACAAGAACGACAAAAUGAUCCUCCGGAAGCUCGCCCGUGAAAGGUUGCACCUAUCCGGCAUCAGCGAUAUGCCCAAGCGUGCAAUCCAGUUCGGCGCAAGGAGCGCCAAGAUGACAAAAGACAGCAGCAAGAACGGCACCGAUAUCAUCGUUCAGUAG